CAAAACAAGAAAUAUAUGUGUGUGUGUGUUGGGCUUUUGUAAAUUUGAAUAGCUGUUGCAUUGGGUUCAUGGAUUGGACAGAGGACCCACACCAACCUUUACCAUAUACUGCUAAAUAUAUCAUCUCAUAUUGCCAUGCCCACCACACCCUUUUCUCUCUUUCAACCACAGUCACUCACAACCUCUUCAAACUUUUCAAAAUAAUAUUUUUUCCAAAACCCAAUUCUCAAUUCUCUCUCUCUCUCUCUCUCUAUCCCUUUAGGCCUUAUCCUCAUUCUUCCAGAUCUUAACUAUUUUACUGGUUUUCAACUAUGGACACCCACGAAAAACGCAGAGACAAACAGCGCGAAGAAGGUGAUGAAGAAGCUAAAUUACCCUCCGCCUCUUCUUCUCCUUCCCAUGAAUUCUCCUUCACCAUCUCACUUCACCCUUCUGCAGAUAAAACCAAGUUAUCCCUGCAACCUUCUCAGUUCGCCAUAGAUUUAUCUCCUGCAGAUGACAUUUUCUUCCACGGUCACCUUCUUCCUCUCCACCUUCUCGCUCACCUUCCUCUCUCUCCUCGUUCCUCUACCAAUUCCACGGACAGUUUUACUCUCCCCAUCAUCAAAGACGAUACUCAAAGACCUAACAACACCAACCUCGAAUCCACAAACUCCGUUGAUAAAACAAAUAAGCUACCUGAAACUACCCUGGAGGAAUCAACAAGCAAGCCCAGGUCUAAUUUCUCUUUUUUGUUCCGGCUGACCAGAUGGAGAAAAGGGUUGGAAGGUAAACAAGAGGAAGAGAAGGAGAAGCAGGGGAAGAAGAAGAAGUUAAGAUUAGAAUUAAGUGAUGUGAUAAAGAGGUACGUGAGAAUGGUUCGGCCAUUGUUGUUCUUCAAAAGGAGAGAGAAAGUGCAGCUGCGCAGGCAGCAGGCUUACUCGUUUUCAGGCAAUCUGAGUAAUUCAAGAAACAAGGCAGAGUUGAGGGGAAGAAGAGGAGAAUAUAACUCUGCACCCGCAUCCAUGAGAACAUCUCCUUCAAACAGCGGUCUUCUUCUUGCAACCACAAGUAUUACUUCUUCUUCUUCUUCCUCCGACAGCACCAUGGAAGAGUUGCAGGCUGCAAUUCAAGCUGCAAUUGCUCAUUGCAAAAACUCCAUUGCUGUAGAAGAUAAACUAAAAUAAUCACAUUAUACACAUAUAUAUAUAUAUAUAUAUUAUACACACUUGGUCUCUUUCUUCUUCUUCUUCUUCUUCUUCUUCAUGUUGAGCUUCUUUUAACGGUCGUUCCAAUUAUUAUUUCUUUUUGCAGUGUAUAAAAAUGGAACAUAUAUAAACAAGUAUUCUAUCAGUCUUUCAAGACUCAAUUAGAAUUAG